AUAGAGAGCAGCAGAAGAGGGGCGUUUUGCGUGUCUGCGCGGCGCGCCACUCGGUUUCACAGAUUUAAAACUGAUCGGCAGUCACUCCAGAUGUGAAUUUCUACUCGCUCUUUUACUUUUCGGGUGUCGGGAGCCGGCAAAGGAGUGAAGGGACCUUUUUUUCCUCCCUUCCGUUUCUCCUGGGCAGUGAAAACUCUACCCAGCGGAGAGUCAUAUGCUGUGCAUGACUGAGAGUGCCGUAUUAGCUGGCCAGUCUUCGGCAGUGGGGCACCACUGAUUACACAAGCCAAGCCUGUGUGUGUGCGCGAUUCACCGCUCGCUUGUUUGUUGUGUUUGUUUUGGGUUUUUUUUUUAAAAGAAACAUGGCUACUGCAAUAAAACUGGGGCUCCGGCAGCUCCUCGAAUACCUCCAGGACCCGCACAAGGUGGCGAGCUUCCAGCGCAUCUGCGGCGUCAGGGGGACCUUUGCAGACGCUUGGAGCGACCAGACCCUGCGGAACGGCGACUGCAGCAGCCACGGGGACUCGGGGAGAAACGCGGGCAAGGGGGAGCCGGAGGAUGGGCAGACUGGGGGUCCCCGGCUGCGGGCAGCCGCCUCACCUGGGAGUACUGUCAAGCGGGGGGGCGCGAAAAACGGCCUCCAGAACGGCUUUGCGCCGACCCCCGCAGCAGCGGGCGAGACAGCCGGGCACGCCGCGGCCAGCGACGGCGGGGACCGGGAGAGGCUGGGGGGCACCGCUCCGGGGGGUUGCUCUGACCGCCCCGGCCGGAAGGAGUGGGUGAACGGCGAGGCCAGGACGAAGCCCCUGCGCAGGAACUCCCUGACCGGCGAGGUCGGGCAGGAGUUUGUGAUCGAGAACCGACUCCUGUACUACCUGUUCACCUUCGGCACCGAGCUGGGCAACGAGCUUUUCUACAUCACCUUCUUCCCCUUCUUCAUCUGGAACAUCGACGCCUAUGUGAGCCGGCGGCUGAUCGUGAUCUGGGUGUGGGUCAUGUACCUGGGCCAGUGCACCAAGGACAUCAUCCGCUGGUCCCGGCCCUCCUCGCCGCCCGUGGUCAAAGUGGAGAUGUUCUACAACUCCGAGUACAGCAUGCCCUCGACACACGCCAUGUCGGGCACUGCCAUCCCCCUGGGACUGUUCCUCUUGACCUAUGGCAGAUGGGAGUACCCCUUCCUGCUGGGCCUGGCCUCGGCAGUGUGCUGGUGUUCCCUGGUGUGCAUCAGCAGGAUCUACAUGGGGAUGCACUCUAUCCUGGACGUCAUUGUGGGGUUCCUGUACAGCAUCCUGAUCCUGGUGGCGUUCCAUCCGGCGCUGGAGGUGAUCGACAACUUCAACCUGACCUGCCGCUACGCGCCCCUCAUCAUCAUCAGCCUGCACCUGGCCAUGGGGGUGUUCUCCUUCACCCUGGACACCUGGAGCACGUCCCGGGGCGACACGGCGCAGAUCCUGGGCACGGGGGCCGGCAUUGCCUGCGCGUCCCACCUCAACUACCUGCUGGGCCUGAUGCCCGACCCCCCGCUCACACAGCUGCCUUUCUCCCCGCCGCCCUUGAGCGCCGCCCUGGUGGGCAGGUGCCUCGUGCGCUUCGUGCUGGGCGUGGCCGUGCUGCUGGCCACCCGGGCCGUGAUGAAGGCCCUGACCAUCCCGCUGGCCUGCCGGCUGUUCCGGAUCCCGUGCCACGACGUGCGGCAGGCCCGGCAGCGCAUGGAGGUGGAGCUGCCCUACCGCUACAUCGUGUACGGCACUGUGGGCUUCAACGCCCUGUUCCUGGUGCCCUUUCUCUUCAGCUACCUCAACCUCUUCUGAUGCCGGGGAGGAGCUCCUCCCCUCUUCUCUCCACACGUCCCCCGCGUACCCCCCUCGACCCCGAGUCCCCUCGGCCCCCCGGCUCCUUGCGUCUCCAGAGCCGACACGGGAGGGAGUGGAUUAAAUCGACCACUUCCUGCUCCCACUUGCUGCCUUUUAUUGCGUUUUUGUUGAUGAUUCGUUUUGGUCAUUGUUUUUCAUUUUUGUAUUUUUAUGUUACCUUUUUUUUUUAAAAAAAAAAAAGAAAGAAAUUCUAUUUCCGCAGCUUGCAGGCAGUUUGCAGAGCGGCUACCUUCAGCUGAUAAUGGCGUCCGGCCCGGCCGCCCUGAAAAGAAGGCACUUUUGGGAUUCGGGUUCGUCGUGCGGCUCGUUGUGCCUUUUUGCUCGCAGCACUGAUGAAGCGGGCUGGAAUCCGGGCUCUUUGGGAGAACGCAUCUGGGUCGGUCCCAGCGGAAGGGCGCUGUGUACCCCAGAUGGGGGUGAUACAAGACUGAUUACGCAAAUUCAUUCGUUUGGUGAAGAUUCUGCAUCCGGCCCCCUGCCGUUCACCACCCUGCACCCCGAGAGAACCGGCAGAAACACGGGUCUCGUGCCCAGCGGACAGAGAUCCAGUCUCCACUACAGGCCAUGCUAGUUCCUCCUUUAGACAAAGGCUCACCCGCCGGCCCAUAUCGGACAUUCUUGAGUAUUCUCCGUCUUCCUAAUUUGAGGGAUCUCUGUUAGAAUAGGUAUUUCGAAAAACCCGAUGUACUGUAUGUGGAACUGAAUUUUUUAUUCCUCCCAAAGGGCUCUGUUCCAGUUCCCUGUGGAUUGUCUCCCACAGUGGUGCAAAACGUGUUCAUAGAGCUGAAGAACAGAUUUUAGUGCUGAUAGGACUGUUAGGAGUGAAGCCAUGAACAAGCACAUCAUAUGGUUAAAGGAAGCAUCACUUAUAAUAGAUUUCUUCCGGUGUGCGGCCCAGUAGACGUACCUUGACUGUGUUCGUGUUCGUGACAUUGGAAGUCGCUUCCUGGUCUUCCUGUUUCCCUUUGAGUAAUCUCAGUCUUUGGAUCAGGGCAGGGCUGCCGGUGGCUUCCUGACUGAGCUGAAAGCCGCCUGGGCCUCGUACACUGGCUUCCUGUGGACUGAACAUCUUGUAUAAGAAGCUCCGUGUCGCUUCCUGGGCUAAAAUCUCCAGAAAGGAGGUGGUCAGGAAAGGGGGGGGGAGUGGGGGAACUAGGAAGUAUCUCUAGUCAAGAGGUCAGGCUGACCUUGAACACAAGACAACACAUCACGACAAGCUGCUACCCUCAUUAAGCAGGAGGGCGCUGUGGAGUUGUGGCUGCAAGUAAUGCUUUUAUUAAUGUCAUGUAAAUAUUGAAAGAAUCUGAACACCCCCCACCCCCCCAAUCCCACAGUGGGCGGCAUGGCAUGAGAGUGAUAGGAGGAGAACAAGGAGCCGCACUCUGGGUCUCGGACAAUCUGGCGUCUGUCCUUCUACGGAAUGCGCUGUAGAGCCGUCCCUUCCCGCGCCACCGAGCUGGUGACCAAUGACCGCGAACUGGGCGAUGGGCGAUGGGCCCAGUUGCAGCAGCUCUGGUGGGAGGUGCUUUAUCAUGAGCCGCCAAGUCCGACCUGCAGGUGUCCCCCGGAGAAAGAGCACAGUCACAAUGAAAACAGUUUCAAUGCUGCGGUCGGAUUUUAAGAACCGCUCAGCCCAUGCUGUGCGCCUCUGCUUCUGGUCUUGCUGUAGUUAUCUGCUCUCAUUCAUGGCCUAUCCCCUCACACAAGGCUCACCUGGAAAGGGCAGCUUUUGGGCAUUUGAAGGUCUUGGGGAAUCCAACUGAACAGGAUGGAAGAGCUUAUUCAGUCUUAUACAGUAUUCAUUGUCUCGCUUCCAAAAUUACCAAGCUCUUUAUUGCAUUUGUACGGUACAUAAAUUAUAAGUAAAUACUGUAAGACCUCAUUUGUACAAAACAAAAUUGUGAAUUUAAAAGGGCACUGUUAUUUGAAGAAGGAAUAUCCUUGGAUUAGAAGAGAUUUACAGAAUGUUAACCACUAAAAGCAGGCAGGCUUUUUCUUUCUGGUUCCCUGCUCUGUGACUGCAGUGCUCUUGCCUCACUCUGUCCUCUGCUCGUGCAGAGAGGCUGCAGUGCAGCCACUCUGAGAAAAAAGAAAAGCCAGGAGUCAGAGAGGCUUUCUGUGUUUCCUUUGUUUUUUUUAUUUCUCCUUGUCUUGUGCUUGUUUUGUUCCAGUGAUCUCAGUGUUGGGAAAGGUGUAAUUAAGAAUAUUGUGUCACAUCUAUGAAUGGGAUUUUACAGGGUUGGAUUUCUAAAGUCAGGGUUAUUUUGAGCUUGCAUGCAGUUUUGUCAAGAAAAAAAAAUGUGCCUUUGUUUUGCAGUUGCCUGCUGUAACUCUGCUCAUUUUAAUCUAUGAUCACAUUUAUGUGAAACUACUGGUUUUACAAAUGUCACCUGCUAGGAAAACAUAUUGAAUUACAUUGAAAUAAGGAGAUGUUAUAACUUGUAGUCUUCUGCAGCAUAGAAACUACUUUUGAUCGACUUUUCCAUUGAUUGAAACGCUGUGAACUGAAUUUUAAUCUUGGGGAUAGUUCUGUUUAGGAUAGCCAUUCCUCUUUUAAGAUUGUUUUUUAUUAAAUCGGUAGAAAGCAAUAAAACUGAGUAUCCCAUCUGAGGCAGCCUUACCCCUGGACGUUACCAGUCCCCAGUGUUGUAUGGAUUUUAUUUGGCCUUCAGAUUCGACUGUUUUACUUUACUUUACAGCAAGGAAAGCCAGCAGAGCACAAAACAUCAGGUCCUAGUCUUUCACUAAGGGUUGUGAACCCAACUCAGACUCCAGCAAGCCAUGUACAUCCUAACAAACACAGGAGUAAACCUGGUGUCGUACAGAUCAAUGUGUAGUGUUUUAUAGUUUUCUGCCCUUAAAUCUAAUCCCAGAUCAUUUUAUUCUUCUCGCUUUUACAUACAUACUCUUUUUUUCUCUUGAUUUUAUCCAAGAUGAAUGUUUCCUCUCCUACCUUUACUAUUCUGUUUCAAGAUGAAAGUUCAGUUUUCGCGGCAGACAGGAGCAGUAGUUAAAGACUAUUCCUGAAGCAGUCGUGGUCAAAUAGUCACAUGAGCUUAAAAGUCUGUCUCAUUAGGCUAAAAACCCUGUAAGUCAUCAGUUUGGUGGCAGAAGAAUGUCGUCUUUGUUUGCAUUUUUUUACUGUCUCUAAGUUCUUACGUGUUCCUGCCAAUGCAGUGUCCAGUCCAAGCUUUGCAUUGGUGCAUUCUGAAGUUAAGAAAAUUCAAAUUUAAAGAAACUGUGCAAAUGGAUGGUAGCUUUUACUAUGAAAUGUUGACCAAAAAAAAGAAAUCGUCCCCUAGUUUUGUGGAGAGGAGUACAGCUUUGUUAUUCUAGAUACCCUAGUGCCUUUACUGUAAUAAAGUCUAUGUCCAGGAGCACUGAAGCCUUCAUGCAUCUUCUUGUGCUUCAGAAAAGUAGGCUGCAGUUAUCUUCUGAAAGAAUUUUAGAAUGUGUUGAAGAAGAACAAUAUAUGAGUACAUAUGGGUCCAUUGUGUAUUCCAACUGUUAUUUGUCUUUAACUACUUGAUGUCUGGUCAUCCUGUAGCAAUUGCACUUGUAAAUACAGAAUUCAGUUUUGUGUGUCUUAAAGGGCAUCUGUUUAAAACAACUUCUGUAUCCUUUCAUUGCUUUGAUUUUUUUUUUUAUUCUUCAUUGCUCUCUUUAGUAAAAUGUUUGUCCAGAAUUAAUGAUUGGUGGCCUGCGUAAUAAAAUUUGCACAAAAGAGACAUCUCCAUAUUUUGGGGACAAGCUCUUAACUGUUGUAAACAGUGUCACAUUUUAUUUUUAGAAACAUACAUUUAUUUUUAUAUUUAUAUUUUUUGAUCAGGCUGUGAAUCAGAAGGCGUGGUGGUAAUGCUGAAGGAGGUCAUUGUAGUCGGUAUGGAGGUUCGUCAGGUCUGAUCAUUCCAGAACUGACCUCCUCAGCUACACCAGACACCAGAAAGUGUCCUUGAAUUGCUGCCGUCUCCAGCUGAUUGACAAACGCCAAACCACCUGCUGUCGGGUGUUAGAACUGAUUGACAAUUCCCUGCAGUUUUGGCAUUUAUAUGACAGGAAUCGUCAGACGAGGACUGUGGUUUGCUUAAGUCGGUUUAAAAAAAGUGAGUAAUCUAGAGGUAAUCUGUGUCAGAACGGUCCAUUGAGCUCAUACUGUAGUUCCAGCUCAGGUUUAGUCAGCAUUUGCUGUGGGCAGAAAUCUUAUUGCUGAGAACAAAAGCACAAGAAUACCCACAGUACCUGUGAAAGCUCUCACAGGACUGGGUGAUUUGGCACUUUCUGAUUAGUGGGAACUUCAAAAUGGCACGUGCUGGUAACUCACUUCAAAGCCGACAACGCGGGUGUAUCAUUUCAUCUCGCCAGCGCAGGGAGUAUCUGGAAAUUCAAAUGCCGUGUGUGUACUGUAUAAUGUAUAUACAAAGCCCUGCUAUAUUUAAAUGAGCAACCUCCCUUGCAUAGGAACCUUCCCACUUCUGCAUCUGUGAUAUAAGUGUUCUAUAAUUUGACCAUCUGCCUCAGGCCCUGCAUGAUGUACACGGGCAAGCUGCCAGUUUACUACUGUGCUUGCUCUGUUUUGUGCUUGGUGUUUUGUUCCAGUGGUAUUCUGUCCGUGGAGGUUGAAUAAGUUGAAUAAGGCGGGGAUCUGUAUAUACACAGGGUGACGGUCAAAUCGCAGAACAUCAACAUCCACCACCACAACCUGUUACCUUGGUUUUGUGAUGCUCCAACAGUUAUGAGUUAUAUGUCGAUAACUGCAAAUAGUUUUGCUUUUUAAUUAGAAAUAAACGGAGAAGUAUACAUUUGGUCA